AUGGCGGACGUGGUAGCCGACGUCCCCCCCACGGCCGACGGCGAGGCCGCCGAGAGUGCGGGCGAUCUGCCGAGCAUCCCCCGCCGCGAGGCUGACGAGGCGGUCUCGAGUGUCCCUAAGAAGAAAAAAAAAGCAAAGCAUACCGUCGACGACGAUGCGCCGGUGGAAGAGGAGCCCGCCGAAGCCGAGGAGCCCGCCGCGCUCUCGUCUAAAGAGAUGAUCCGCGCCCAGGUCAAUGCGCAGAUUGAUGCCGCGCUCAAGUCUGGCAAGCGGAGGUCGACGCGUCGCCGUGCGGCUGGCGAAGACGAUCUCGAGCUGAUGGCCGACGAGGAAGUGUCGGCGCUGCGUACCGAUAUGAUUAUUGCCGCAGACGAGGAUGAGGAGGCGAACAAGUUCAAGCAGCCUGCGACGGCCAAGCUGCGCCUGCUUCCCCGCGUCGUGAGCACGCUGCAAAAGACGCAUCUGCACCAGGCGAUUCUGGACAACAACUUGCUGGAAGGCGUCAAGCGCUGGCUCGAGCCGCUGCCCGACCGCAGUCUGCCUGCUCUGAAUAUCCAAAAGCAGCUGUUUGGUGUGCUGGAAAAGAUGACGAUCGAUACCAUCAGUCUCAAGAUGAGCGGCCUGGGCCGUGUCGUGGUCUUUUACUCGCUGUGCAAGCGCGUCGAGACGCCGAUCAAGCGCAGUGCCGAGCACCUGAUUGAGGUGUGGACGCGCCCGAUCCUGAAGCGCUCCGCCUCGUACCGUGACCGCCAUGUGUCGCAGGCCGAGUGGUACCAAAACUCGCCGUACAACCCCUCGAGCCAGGUGAAUGUGGCGCCGAGCCUGGACGCGUCGCGCCGGCAUGUCGGUAUUCCGCAGGCGGUCACCACCGGCUUCCAGGUCGCGCCGCGUAGCCAUGUGAGCGGCAGCGGAAACGACCACGACAACCAAUCGCGCAUCGCCAACCACCAGCGCCUGAACCGCUUCCGGUCGCGCCUGAAGGAUGCCAACGCACGGCGCUAG